AAGGUGCAAAUUUUUAGGUUAUACCUUAAAAAAACAAAGAGAGCAAACAGCAAUAUACAUUCCCAGCCAAUCGAUCAGCAUGUUUGGAGGGUUACUUCUGACAUCUCACCAUUGACACAAUGAUCGUGUAGUCCAAUUCUCUAACACCAUGAUUUUCUGAACACGGGAUAGAACCAUCAGGUCGGAUGUUUCUGAACAACACUUGGCUUGUGAAAGAUUUGCCUGUAAUAAAAUGGGUAUAGUCUGCAGUGGCCACGAUAAACAGCUCGUGAUGCUAUCUGUGGAGCCAAUGCUACAAAUGCAGCUUAGAAUGUGUUCAAGUACCACCACUUGUAAAAAACAAUUUCAACGCAAUAAUGGUAGCAGUACUCUUCUCCAUCACAUCAAAACAGCCUGUCAGCCAGGCCGUUUGAAGAAGGCACUUCGUAUAUUGCAAUUCCCAAACAACCCAAUCGACUCCUCAGCCUAUGUCUCUCUCUUGCAGGGAUGCAUUCAGAAAAGGUCUUUAUCACAGUCAAAAUUCAUCCAUGCCAACAAGAAUGGAACGGAAUAUACAGCAGACAGAAUCUCGGCCAACACGCUUGUCAACAUGUAUGUUAAAUGUGGAAGUUUGCGGGAUGCUCGUAAAGUGUUUGACGAAAUGCCUCGACGAAACGUGAGAUCGUGGACCGUCAUGAUUGCAGGUUAUGCCAGGCAGGGACUACCCAAGGAGGCGGUCGAUUUGUUUGACCAAAUGCAAAGCUCGGGUGUUCAACCCAACCAAUUCACAUUUUCCGCUGUGCUGCCAGCCUGCUCGAAUUUGGGAUCACAAGAGCGGGGUUUGGAAAUCCACGAACAAAUUAUAAGCAGUGGGUUUCAGUGCGAUACCAUCAUCCAGACUGCCCUCAUAGACAUGUAUGCGAAAUGUGGAAAUAUGGUGAAAGCUCGUGAAUUGUUUGAUGGAAUGCCUCAGCUAGAUGUUUUCUCCUGGACUGCCAUGAUUGCAGGUUAUGCGCAGAAUGGGCAGCAAGAGGAAGCCCUGGAGAUUUUCCGGCAGAUGGAAAGGGCAGGACUGAAGGCAGAUGUCAAAACCUUGGCUAGCGUGCUCCCAGCUUGCACCAAUUUGACAGCUUUAAAGAAUGGUAUGGAGGUGCAUGGAGUCAUGAUUAGGAGAGAAUUUCAGUUAGGAGUCAUUAUGGAAAGUGCACUUGUAGACAUGUAUGGAAAUUGUGGAAGCAUGGAGAUUGCGAGGAAACUGUUUAACAAGAUGCCGCGACGAGAUGUUCUUUCCUGGACAGUGAUGAUCAAAGGGUGUGCGCAGAAUGGCGAAGCAUGGGAGGCCCUGAAACUUUUCGAACAAAUGGAACAAGUAGGUACGAUGCCAGAUCAGAAGACAUUCACCACUGUUCUUUCCGCAUGUGCUAACUUAGCUGCCGUGGAAAAGGGAAUGGAUAUACAUGAAAAGAUAGCUAGAUUGGGAUUGGAGCUGGAUGUUGCUAUGGUGAAUUCCCUAAUAGAUAUGUAUGCAAAAUGUGGGAGGAUAGAGAAGGCCAGGGAAAUGUUUGACGAAAUGCAUGAACGAGACGUAACAACAUGGACAUCAAUGAUUUCUGGAUAUGCCAUUAAUGGCCGCGGCAAGGAGGCGCUCAAACUCUUUGAAGAAAUGAAACAGUCUUGCAUAAGUCCAAAUCACGUCACAAUGCUUUGUGUUUUGUCUGCCUGUGCUCAUGCAGGUCUGGUGGAACAGGGUUUUCAAUAUUUCGAUUGCUUGAGCAAAUUUUAUCACAUACAACCCAUGAUGGAGCACUAUUGCUGCAUGGUUGAUCUUCUUGGGCGUGCUGGGCGCCUGGAUGAAGCUCAAGAUUUUAUCAAUAAGAUGCCAAUAAAGCCAGACGCUACUUUGUGGACAUCUUUGCUUGGUGCCUGUGCAAUUUAUAAUCAUGUAGAGUUAGGAGAACGUCUAGCGGAUUUCCUCUUUGAAAUGGAUCCCCACAAUCCUUCUCCUUAUGUGCUCCUCUCAAAUAUCUAUGCUGCAGCUGGCAGGUGGGAUGACACCGAGAAGAUAUGGAAAAUGAUGAAAGAAAAGGGGGUGAAAAAGACACCUGGCUGUAGCUGGAUUGAGGUUAAUAAACAGGUGCACGCUUUCCUCGUACAAGACAGAUCACGCCAGUGAAUAUAGAGCAUCUACAAAGAGUUGGAGAUAUUAACUCAAGAAAAUGAAAGUGGCAGGCUAUCACCCCGAUUCAAAAUUUGUUUGACUGAUGUUGAUGAGGAGGAUAAAGAGCAUAUAGUUUUCUACCGUAGUGAGACGUUGGUCAUUGUUUUUGCAUUGCUGAGUUGUCAAAAAUCUCCAAGUUUGGGGAUCACCACUCAACAAUCAACUUCAUCGCCAAGAUUGUUGAACAAGAGAUUGUUACGGGAAUGACAAGUUGUUACAAGAAUGGUCAGCGUUCUCGCAGUGAUUAUUGGAGAUUAUUGGCGAUUAUUAGUUUAAAACAAGAUUUUCGAGGAAUUGGUAAUGCUCAUCUACUUCCGCAUCUUUUUUCUGGAGAUCUAUUAAGUUUUAUGGUGCACAUUAGUUGCAUGAACAAUAUGAAUUAUGUUGUUUUUCUAUGGCAGCCUUUAGUUCUAGACUUAUCAACAAUUGUUCAAUGAAGGCAUGUAUAUUUCCCAGAUCGUCAAGGUGAGGAUUUCCAAAAUUUUCCAUGUUCUACGUGGUGGCUUCUUCCAAUUCAAAGGAGAUAACAUGUUCCAAAUCUGAUACUAAAUUGACUAAAUCGUCCAGACUAUGCCAUGGAGAAAUGUUCUCAAAGUGUUAGAACGAAAUCAUGCAGAGAUCUAAAAUAAUCUAAGGAAAACGCAGGGGAUGAACAGGAGGUGGCAGGAUAGCAGGAACACGUAGAAGUAGAAAUUUAACCCAUUCAAGAUAUAUCAAGAUUCACCAAGAUUCAAUAAGUUAUCCAAUGCUAAAGAGCAGAAUUUGGUCCCAUGCAAAUGGGCGUCAUACGGGACAGAAGCACAAGAUUCUUCAAUCAGUCAUUUAACACAGAAGGAAAAGAAAACUUAUUAUAAUUUUUCAGUUCCAUGAACCUUACUAUGGAAAAUGAGAUGACAAGAAUCAUGAUGAAAUUACUACGUUUCCAGUUAUAGCUAUUCUUGCGUAUCGUAAAUGUUGAUUCACUGAGUUGUUCAACUCUUCAGUUGAGUUGAGGUUAUAUUAAGAAUUACAAUAAAUUUUGAGAGCAAGUAAAGAUAAAAGGUUUUUCUCUUGAGGUCAGGGCCAAUCCAAGCGCCAAUUUGGUAUAUGAAACCUCCUCGUGGAAGUCCUACAAUCCAUUCACCUGAAAUAUUGAUCAAAUUUGUACCUCUUUAAGCUUCUACACUUUGACUUGGCUUGGUAAUCAAGCCUUUUCAAUCCUUUUCAAUCCUUUUAAGCCUGUGUCGAUUUUGAGUUUAAGCAUGCUUCUUUUUAGAGAAAGGGGCAACGAGAUCCCCACUACGUGAAAUUGCCAAGUGAGUUUAAAAAAUUUAAAUUUACUCCCUUACUAUAUACUCUACCAUGAUGUAAUUGAACUUAAAGAGGGAGCACCUUUGAAAUGAGAUUUUUGGCACUCGGUUUCCUUAUCUAAUGCCUUAAGGGAAAUUCUAGCAAUGAAAGUGGCAGAAUUUUUUUUAACCCUGUGAUCCUGUUGGAGAGCCAUUCACAAUUUCUGCAUUAAAUUGUCUUGAAGAUGGUCUGCAGAUCAUCUUUGUUAUUUUGUUGCUGCUCUAUAAAACCUUCAUUUGGUAUCCGAACCAGACCAGCAGCUGUAAAACCUUCAUUUGGUAUCCAAGCCAGACCAGCAGAGCUAAGGCCAGGCUAGGAGCCUUGCUCAUCUAGAAUGUGGUUCAAGGGGUGCUGAAAAAUAAGUAAACAAAAAUAAGUACCACCUAU